AUGAUUUUUAUACAUUUUAUUUUACACUUAGCAGCUGCUUAUUAAGUCGGUUAAAAUAAGGAUGAUAUCGAUAACAUCGCAAGUGAAGGGUAGGUUGGCCAGCAUCUGAUCAAAGAUGUGAGGGCCUUUCUCAGAAAAGGUACAAGUCAAUAAGAUUAUCUAGGACAUGAUCAAACUUAAUUCUUAAUUUAUCUUAAUAGCAUGGAAGCCAAGGUUGCUUCACUUACUUCGGAUGAAUUCCAAGAACAAUGCGACACAGGUUCAUUACACAUCAUUACUUUUGUUAGAACUUCAAAACAUUGAGGAAACCCAAAGGAUGCUCCAAGAUUCCAAAUAUAGAGUUACUUCAUUGGAAAAUAAAAUAGCUCUAUUAACCAAUUACACCAAUAAGUUUGCAUAGAUUAUCGAUGAAAAGUAAGCAAUUCUAGAAGUGACUGAAAAUACCGUUUCUGAAUUGGUCUAAAUUAGAGAAAACGAAGUUCAAAUAUCAACCAAAUAUUUAGGUUGCCAUGUUCGAAAGAAGGAGAAGCGAAAUAACCAUGUCCAGUGGCAUCGUUCGCAGAUCCAAAGGCUUGAUUGGGUAAUUGAUACCCAAAAUGCCAGAUCUUGCUCCCCAAACCAAAUUUGCUAAGCAGGACAAUGAAUUAGAGGUUAGUUACGAGGACAUACGAUAAGAAUUCGUAUAGGUACGAUCAUAAGCAAAGGAGUAAUUGGGAGAAAAGAAUCCCUUUAGUUAAAUCAUUGGUACUUGUCUUUAUCAACUAAAGAGUCAUUCGCCCAAAUUCCAGAAUAGACUGGAAAUCUAGAACAUGUCACUUAUGUUAUUGACAUGCUUGCCAAUAUGUAAUACAUUUCUCUUAUUCUCAGGGAACAAAACUUAGCAGACACAAACAUCGUUCUCUUUAAUGCUGAACAAUAGCGAGUAGAAUUGCAUGAACGCUUGUUAGAACAUAUUGAUGAAAAGACUGAGAAAUUAAAUGAACAGAUUUCAGAACUAGAGUAGAUGAUUGCAGAUAUGGAAUAAUAGAUUCAAGAUCAUUAAGCAGAAAUAUAAGCUGAAUUAGAAAAUCAAGAGAAUAUUCAUCAGAUCUAUGAAGAAUACAUUGAUGCACAUGAAUCUACUUUGGUAAUCUGAUCCAUUAAUAGUAGCAUACACAUGAUGAGGACAUUAAAAACAACAUCUUGCUCAUUAAAAUGAUUAGAACUCUCAAAACUGACUUCAUGAAUGAUUUCGAAGCAAGUUCAAGAUAUAUUUUGACUCCCCGUUUUCAUUUUUAAAAUUUAUCCAGUUUAUGA